AUGGAACAAGAGUUCAGCGAUCUUACAUUGAAUAAUACUGCAUCUUGAUUUAAGCCAGACUCAAUAAGAUACAAUAUUCCUCCUGAAUUGAAGACUCCCUAUGUCAUUGUAGGGUCACUUUCGAUUAUUGCUGCUACCUUUUUGUUUGUGACUAUCUUCACUGUCAAAAAGCUGAAGGCUCACCCCUCAAUAAUGAUAGGAUAUAUAUCGCUUUUUGAGGCAAUAAGUGCUUUCCACUCAAUAUUGUGGGCUGUUUCAACCUUGGAAUAUGUUGAGUAUUUUGGCCUAGGACAUUUGUUCACCUGGACAAUCACAUUCGACCAAAGUUCUACGUAUCAUUCUUGAUUCACUUUAUGAAUACUCAACCAACUUCUUGGGUUUUCACUAUUUUCUGUCUUAUCUUUGGGAAUGAAUAUGUGCUUGUGCAUAGACUUAGUCUUGACUCUAAGAGCUCCAUUCUAUCCAGCCAAGAGAAGGUUCAAGUUCUAUCUGAUGUUUUCAUUCUUAUUAUCAAUAAUCAUGAUGAUUGUAUCUAUACCAAAAGUAAAGGAUACCUGACCAUCAGCAACAGAGGCAAAUGCAUCACAGAGGCAAAAUUCUGCAAUGGCUGUUAUACUGACUUUGUAUAUUCUUGUGUCUCUAUUUUCUAUCGUAUAUGCUGCAAGGAUGCUAUCCAGGCCAGGAAUAUCUUCAGAGAUUAGAGAUAUCUUCAUGAAAAAGCAUGUCUUGUAUUCAUUAUCAUUUAUUAUUAUCUGGACAUUAAAUCUUCUAAAUACUUAUCAUGCCCUUUAUAGGGAUAUUGGUAAGAAAUCCCUAGAGGCUGAAGGACUCAAAGCAGAAGGAUAUAGCCUACAAUACAUUCGACUUCCAAGUGGACUUGAGGUACAAGUCAGAGUUAAUGAGGAUACUAAUGAAGCCCAUUUUACUGUCUUCCAAAUAAUCAGUGUUUUUGCCAGUCUUUCGACCGGAUUAGUAAUGGGAAUCAUCAGAUGUUUUGAACCCUAUUUUGCAUUUUUGAUGGUCAGAACAUUCAAAUCAUUUUAUGGAGUGACUGUAUCUGAGGAGGAGAUCAAUGAGAGGAACAACAAGUUGACAGAUACUAUAUCUGCAUUCUUGAACUCUAGUUUGAACAUAGAGCUAGUCCAUAUCAUUCUCAAAGCCAUCACUCAGGAAUGCACGAAGUUUGAAUUAGAAGAAGGAGCUUGGGCAAAUCAACCGAUUUCGGAUACUAAUUUUUCAGAGAAAAAGAAAUGCAAAAUCCAUGAAAUUGAAAUAAAAGAUCCAGCUAAAUGGGGUCUAUUUGAUGAGCCAGUCAAAGCUCUAUCAAAUGUCAAGUUUAAUAUAUUAAAAAGAGAAGAUGGCAUGUCCGAUGAUAAAGAUAUCCUUACAAUUAAUGAAGAUAUCGCUAUUGAAGAACUUGCUCCAACAAUAUUUGCAACUAUUCGAAACCAAGAGGGGAUAACUAAAGAGCACAUUAUUGAAUCGUUGUCACCUGAAUUCAAUCGAGACAUGGUGUUUAAAGCAGGAGAAGGACAAGGAAAAAGUGGAUCUUUCUUCUUCUUUUCUCAUGAUAGAAGAUUUAUCAUCAAGACCAUGAACGAUGAGGAAUAUCAAACCUUCAAAAGAAUAUUUCGGAAAUAUACUAGGCAUCUUUUAAAACAUCAAGAUAGUCUUUUAGCAAGAAUUUUCGGGAUUUUUACAGUAAAAAGAGAAAAACUUACUCCAGUACAUCUAAUCCUAAUGGGCAACACCUGCACCCUUCAAGGCAAGAAGCUAAAGUACAUGUUCGAUCUCAAGGGAUCUUUUGUCAAUAGAGAGACUAAAGUAGGCAAAGUUCACAAGCCAUCUCAGACAUUGAAGGACAUCAACCUUUUGAACCUAAAGAUGCAAGAGAACUUCCUAAAGUUCACCAAAGUUGAUGCUGAUAAGAUCAUGGAGCGAAUGAAGAAGGAUGUACCUAUCCUAAAAAGAGGAAAUAUUAUGGAUUAUUCCUUACUUUUAGCAAUUGAGGAGAACCCUAAUUAUGGAAGACAAGCUGCGUCAUCAUUGAAGAAACUCUCGUCAGAUCUUGAAGAGGUUCCCCUUACCCAAAAAUUCAGUAUCCAAAAUCAGGAAGAGGAGAGUAAGAAUAUUGAUGAAGAAGAUAAGACCCCAGAUGAAGAUACCGAGCCCUCUCAUGCUACAGAUUUUCAAGAAUCUCGUCACAUGUUCAUGAGCAGUAACAUGCAGUAUAUUUACCAUAUCUCCAUUAUCGAUUACUUGCAGGAUUAUAACUUUGAUAAGAAGCUAGAGAAUUUUGCUAAGACAAUUAUGAGAGGAACUAAAGCAGAGAUCUCAGCAGUCAAUCCAAAGAGAUAUAGAAAGAGAUUCAUCGAUUUUAUGGAGAGCGAAGUAAUUGUAGUCGGAAAGAAAUCAAACUCUUUUAAAAUUGAAAGAUUAGAGUCUAAAUAA